UCUUUCUACUCCAGGGAAAGGAUGGCAGGAGUUUUCUCCUAUGAGAGUUCAGAGCUAGACUGGUGUGAAGACAACUACAAGCACUCUGAACAUGUAGUGGAGUAUUUUAACACAAUGAGCAGCUUGUUUUUCUUCGUCAUAUCUCCCAUCAUGCUCUACCUGCUGCACCCCUAUGCUAGAGAGAGGAACCUGGCAAUCCAUCUGGUGUGGAUCAUGAUGAUAUUUGUAGGUCUGUUCUCAGCCUACUUCCACAUGACCCUCAGUUUCAUGGGUCAGAUGCUGGACGAGCUGUCGAUCCUCUGGGUUCUGGCAGUGGGAUACGCCCUCUGGUUUCCCCGCAAGCUCUUCCCUUCCUUUGUCAAGGACAGGGCUACUUUCUCAAGGCUAGUCCUGGCCAUUACCAUCAUCAGCACUUUGACGUCAUUUGUCAAACCUACCGUCAACGCCUACGCUCUGAACUGCUUCGGCCUGCACCUGCUUUACACGCUGCUUGUUGAGAUGAGAUGCUGCACUGACAGGAAGGCUCUGCGACUGGCCAAGCUGUCAGUGGGUCUGUGGGUGCUGGCCAUCUCCUGCUGGAUAAGUGACCGUUUUGCUUGCAGUUUCUGGCAGAAACUCAACUUCUGCUACCUGCAUGGUUUCUGGCACAUCCUGAUUGUGAUAGCUGUGGCUUAUGGCAGUACCCUCAUAGCUUACCUGGAUGCCAACAAUGAGAUCCCCUAUUCACUACCUGGACUUCAGUACUGGCCAUGUGAAAAAUGGGCAGUCGGACUGCCUCACAUUGUCCUGAAAGGCACUACCAAGACACGGAAACGAUGCUGAACGGGUUAUGGAAAUGUUUAACUUUGGUAGAACAUUUCCACUAAUUAGUACAUUCAGCAGUAAGGGAGUUCAUGCAUGAUCAGUCACCAAAAUGAUCUCCUCCAGGGACCCUGAUACUCAA